AUGGCUUUGGCUGAAGAUGCCGCCUCUGUGUUGGAGCUUUUCAUCCAUGAUGUGGCCAACUUACCAGCAGAAAUAACCCAUCUAUACGAGGAAAUGCAGGCAAAAGAGCAACAAAUUCAAGCAUGCAAUAACGUUAUUGAGGCUCGCGACGGCAGCUUGCAGAAAUUCGUGAAGCUCAAUGGAAGCUUGGUCAAGAAUCCCAAGGAAGAGCCUUACAACAAGUUGAUACUACAGAACUACGAGAAAGCCCAAACACUCCAGGAUGAAAAGGUCCAUCUGGCAGAGAAGGCGGCUCAGCUGCUGGAUCGUCAUGUCAAACGACUUGAUGUCAAGAUACGCGAUCUAACCAACGAUGGAUCUAUACCGCAUGAUCCCCAGCUACCGUCGCUCUUGCGUGAAUCUCCAGGGAACCUGGUUGCACCAACGUCUUCCACAGCCACGGGAACGAACACGCCUCUGAAUCCGCUUUCGAUCAAUGCCCAUGCAGGAUCACAGCAAAUAGCCAAUGCUGCUAUCGCGCGCCUGGCAAGUGCUGCUGGGCAGAAUCGGAGCAUGAGCUCUCCUGCAAUGGGUGGCUCGGGCUCGACGAUUCUUAAUCAGACACACAUGUCCAACGCGUCGGCGAUAGCUGCUAUGUCGGCCAACAACAGACAACGGGAAAUGUCUGUUGGCAGCGACAGCAAACGCCGCCGUCUCAACGCAUCUCUGGGCUCGCUCCCAUCGGCGAGCUCUUCUCUGGCGCGGCAGUCGUCGAUAGGCCCCGGCACCCCAAAGGCUGGGACGCCUGGCGGCAGCCGGGCCGGCAGCCUGGGGCCCAGGCCGAGCACGAAGAAGAACACAAAGACAGUGCUGCCGGGGAAGGCGAACAGGAAGAAGAUUGGUAAGGCCGGCAUGUCGAAGAAGUCAGCACGCAGGCUCAUGGGUGGCUCCCGAGCGUCACCGUCGACAACUGGGGAUGACGAAAGCAUGCUCAGCGAUGCAGAAGUUUCAGACGAGGACGCGUCUGCGCUGGGGCACGACGGCGCAGCAGACGACGACCCGAUGGACCUGGAGGAAGACGCGGACGAUACGCAGUACUGCAUCUGCGAACGCGUCAGCUUCGGGGACAUGGUGGCGUGCGACAACCCCAAGUGCGAGAUCCAGUGGUUCCACUGGGAGUGCGUGGGGCUGACGCAGGAGCCAAAGGGCGAGUGGUUGUGCCCAAUCUGCGACCCCAACUCCAAGUACGACAAGAAGAAAAAGAAGCUGCGGUGA